AUGGUGGCAACAAUUUGUGAUAUGUAUUUUGUUUUGUUUUUUAUUUAUGUUUUGAUUUUGUAAUUUCUUCACUAGAUAUAAAAAAUUAUUCAAAAUAAUGUGAAUAAAUUUUAAAAAGUAAAUUACAAAAGGACAACGAAAUGGAUACAAUACCAGAAAUCGAAACGCAAGACGUGUGUGCUUCAGAUCCAAAUUUUGCUGUAAUUUUUGCUUUUUGUGAACGAUUUGGUAAUAUUUGUGGUGUAGAAAUUCCUACAUUUCAAGAACUACAAGAAAUGUUGGAGAAAACAAAUGAAGUGCCAAGUACUCUAAUAGAUUUACAUGUAAAAUUAUUGCGAAAAGUAAAAAAAAGUGUUCAAGCAGACAAAUGGGAAAGAGCUAUUAUUAAAUUUUGUCAAUCAUACGCAAUUUCUGACUAUUGGGAAUUAGAAAAAUAUGGAUACAAAGGAAUUUCAGUUCAAUUGAAGUUAAAAAUUUUAAAGAAUUUAUUAGAAGCACAAUUUGAUAGCAAUUCUAAGUUCAAAGCUGAAAUCAAUAAAUUAGAAAGUUCAGCCCUACGUUCACAACCACUUGGCUGGGACAAACUAGGUAUAGCUUAUUGGGCCCAGUUUGAUAGAUCUUGUAAUCUUCGAGUUUACAAAGAAGACAACGAAGAGGAUAUAUGGAAGAUUGUUGCUAAAGAUCGCAGUACAUUAGUUAACUUGAUAAAUGAGUUGUCUGGAACGAAUAUUCAGAAUUUAGAUGAAGAAAUUGAAGAUAGUAAUAGUGUUGAUAGUAUAUUGGGUGUUGAAGAGGAACUGUCACCUGGUCUAGAACAAGAGAAAGAUGAAUCAUCUUCAUCUCCAAAACCAGAAGAUCUUGCAAACAAUUUUUGUACUAUAAAUGAUUUAUCAGAUGAAAUGAUUAAUAUAUCAAGUGAAACGACUAACUUAAAAAGAAAAAACGACAAUGAUUCUGAGCAAAUUAUUGAAGUAAAUAAGAAGAAGAACAAUCCUAUUGAAGGAGAAACAAUUGAGGAAUCUGUUAUAAUUAUCAAAGGAGAAGGUACAGGUCAUGAAUGUAACACAGGAAACCCUGAUGAAAAUGAGUCUAAUGAUGAAAUCUCUAAAACUGAAGAAGUAAAAAAGCCUAAACUUUGGAGUAUUGAGACCAUUUGCAGUUCAUCUAAAGAAGUUCAAGAAGAAGUUGUACCUGUUUCUAACACAGGUUUUUUUUUUGGUGAUGGUUCUGUACCAUGUAUUCCUAACAUUACUAGUAUUAAUAAUCCAAUUUUAAAUUAUGAAGACUCAACUUCAAAAAAUGAAAAAGAUUCUAAUGAGAAAACUAACCUUUAUGAUUCUAAUAUUAUUUCAAAUUCAGAAAAUGUUGAAUCAUCUAAACUUUUAGUGAAUACAGCAUCUACUAAUAUUAAUUCUAUUGAAGAUAUGUCUAGUAAAAUUAUUCUAAAACAGUCAGUAUUUAAUAUUAAAGUUCAUGAAGAGGAGAUUCAAAUUACCGAACAUAGUUCAAAUGAAAUGUUUAAAAAUACAGAGACAUCAAAUAUUAAAAACACAUAUGUUGUUGAUCCUGGUGAAACAUAUUCUAGUAAUGAAAUCAAUGAAUGUCGUAUAAAUGAAGAUAGUGCAUCAAGUAUAAUAAUGUAUGAAGAUAAAAAUUUCAAUAUUGAUGGUAAUAAUCAACAUGAAGUAAUAUCACAAAUGAACACGAAAAAUAGUAAAACAAAUCAAAAUAUAGAGUUGAGCUUUAAUGUAUCUGGAACUAUACACAAUGAUAAAAACUCAACUUUAAUAGAAAACAAUAAAGAUAUACCAAAUUUUGAGCCAUGUAACAAUAAAGAAAUAAGUAAACCUGGAGAGAAUGUUAAUACUAAAGAAAGUAUUUCUGUAUCAACUAAUAACAUGCCCUUUGUUGAAAAAAUUGAGUUUGAAAUUCAAAAUACUACUAUUAAAAUUCCAAAUAGUGUAGAUCAAUUAUCUUCUAAAAGUUCUUCUCAAUGUUUACCUAUUGAACAUUCAGAAGAACUUUUAAAAUAUAGUUCAUGUAUUGAUAGUAAUGAAUUAAAUAAUACUAAUUUAAAUACAAAUGAUCAAUGUGAUGAAUCAACUAAAAAUUUAACUAAUCAAAGUCUUGAUCAAAUUAAUCAAGUAAGAGUUGUACUUAAAGAAGAAAUUAAAUCAAAAAAAUGUAAUACAUCAAUUAAAAGUAAAGUGGAUCAAGUUGAAGAGCUUUCUGAUUCUUUAAACCAAAAUAAUAAAGGAAAUGUUAUUCAAGUAAUUAAACAAGAAUCUGUUUGUACUGCACAAGAAACCUUAGUUGAAUUAAAUAAUAGGGAUGUAGUAGAUGCAUCAAAAUCUAUCCUUGAUGUUAAUAUUAUAGGUAUUAGUCAGAUUGAUAUUUUAAAAAAAGAAGAAUUCAUUGAAAGAAAUAAGAAGGCUACUGAUACUGAGCACUCUACCUCAAUCCAUAAACAUUUGGAUAACCAAAUUAAAAUAGAUAAAAGUUUAGAUUUUGAUAGAGAUGAAGAUUGUUUUAAAAGUUCUGAUAAAAAUUCAAAAGAUAAAGACAUUAAUGCUGAACAUAUUAACUUUAAUACUAAUAGUGAAUAUUUUAAAGAAAAAAAAGUAUCUUCAAUAUGUGAUCAACAAGGUCAAGAAAUAACAACUGUUGAUAUUGUCUCUACUCUUGAGAAAUCCAACAGUAUAAUUUUGGAAAAAAAAGAUGAUCAAUGUCCAAAAGUUGAAUUGAUUGAUAAAGAUUUAAAUUUGUUGAACUCUGAAGUUAAUGCUUAUUAUUUUGAAAAAGAUAAAAAUAAUUCCACUGAGAAAUAUUCAAACCAAAUUGUUGAAAAAAAUCUAACUCCUAAUAUGAUUAUGGUAGAAUCUAAUAUACCAGCUACAGAUAAUCAAGCGGAAGAUAAUUUACCAGAAGAAUUAAAAUCAAAUGAUAAUGAAAAACCUAAAAAGAAAAGGGGUAGAAAAAAAAAAAGUGAUCUUGAAAAAGACAAUGAUAAUUCUGUAAUUAAUAUCGAUCAAGAAUCUAUAGUGUGUCAUUCUCCAAUUGAUAAAGUUGAUGAAUUUAAAGAAAAUGAUGUUGUUCAAAACUCUCAAAAUGAAAUUGAUAUGAAAUCAGCCUAUGAUGAUGAUGAGGAUGAAUUAAACAGUGAAGAAGAAAAAGAAACAACUAAAAAGAUAAAAAAACCAGUUGGGCGAAAAAAAGGAAGAAGAGGAAAAGCUAAAAAGCCUGUUGCAAAAUCGGAAAUGAAAGAAGUGAAUAAUACUGUUAAACUACAACGUAAACCUCGUCAAAGUAAAGUUGCUUCCCUAAUUGAAGAAUCACAAAAUGUUGAAAACGAAGGUUGUGAAAAUAUUCGUAGGUCAAGACGUAUUGCUGAAAUCAAAAUUAAAGAACAAGUACUUCCUGUUGAUACAUAUGAUGAUGAUGAUGGAAGUAAAAAGAAGAAGAAGAAAAGAGAUAAAGGAGGAAAAAGAAAUUACCAAGCUAAAAAUAUUACAAAGUCUAUAGAAUCUGAUGAUGAUGAAGAAGAAGAUGAUGCUUCACUUUCUAAAAAAUUUAAGAAAAAAAAAAGAAAAGGAAAGACACAUAAUUUAAAAGCAAUUAAUGUGAAAAAUCCAUGGAAUGUUGAUUCUGAUUCAAGUUCAUCUGAUAAUAAUGUUGAAGAAUUUGAAGAUUAUUACCAUGAAGAAGAAGAUGAAGUUCCAAGACCUGGCAUUGAACCCAAUGUCUCAGACCAUGAAUUUUCACCUGAAUCAGAUAUUAAUGAUGAUGAUGAAGAAUAUUUACCAGAAAAAAGGGCUAGAACUGCUCACAAAAAAAGUCAAGGUGAACAAAUUAUUGAUGACAUGCCUUGUCAAAAAUGUAAUAAAAGUGACCACCCUGAUUGGAUUCUUUUAUGUGAUACUUGUAAUCAAGGAUGGCACGGAUCUUGUUUACGACCUCCAUUAAUGGUUAUACCUGAUGGUGACUGGUAUUGUCCACCUUGUAAACAUGAGUCGUUACUAAAUGGAUUAAGAGCUACCUUGAAAAAGUUUGAUAGUGAAGCAAAAAAACGUGAAAAUGAAGAACUUAGACGAAAAAGAUUGGCAUAUGUUGGAAUAAGUUUACAAAAUGUAAUUUCUAAAACUGAUGAUGUAAAAAGUAAAAAUGACAAAAAUGAUGAUUCUGAUAAAGAUGUAGAAGAAGACAAUUUCGAUGAAUCUUCAGAGUUAGACUCUGAUAGCUCCAAUUCUGAACCAUUGUACAAGCUUAGAGCACGCCGUCAAACUAAUGUCAGUUAUCGUUUUAAUGACUAUGAUGAAAUGAUUAAUGAAGCAAUAUCAGGAGAAACUGAUGGACAAGAUAUUGAACUACCCAAACUUAAUCAACAGUCGAAUAAAAAUAAUGAUCAGACUGAUUCUGAAAAUGAAUUUGAUAAAGAUAAUGGAUCUCCUAUUGCUCCUGCCUUGCUACAUUUAUCAAGACGCAAAAAGUCAAAAAAGUUAACAAAUUUAGAUAUUACUACCGAUGAUGAUUCGGAUGAAGAUUUUAAAGGCCCAUCAGAUGAAGAUGAUGAAGAUGAAGAAGAAGCAAGUGAUUAUAGUGAUGAUUCUAUUAAGAAACGUUCACAGCCUACCAGAAGAUCUGGAAGAAAUCGCAGAACAGUUGUUGAUCCAGAUUUCAUUAAUGAUGACACAAGCGAUGAAAGUGAUUAUAAAGCCAAAAAUAAGCGAAAAAAAGAAUGGUCAAAUACAGAAGAAAGUGAAGAUGAAGAUUUAACUUGGGGCAAGAGAUCAAAAAAACGAUGUAAUAACUUUUCUUCAUCAUUUCAACAAUCUAAAGGGUCAAAAAGAGAGCUGAAUAAAUCGAAGUCUAAGAAAACUAGAAAACCAAAGGUAAAAUAUGGAAUAAACUCAGAUUCUGACUCUGAUAAUAAACCUCUCAGAAGAACUAGGAGGAAACAAAUAACUUAUGCAGAAUCUAAUGAUUCAGAGGAAGAAGUAGUCCAAUCAAAACGUCGCAAAGUAUUAAGUGAUGAUGAAGAUGAGUAUGUAAUAAGUAAUGAGGAAGAAAAUGACGAAAUCAAUGAUGAAUUAGAAGAUAUAGAAGAUGAAGAACCUGAUGAUGAAAAUGAUAAUGAUGAUAAUGAAGAAAAUGAUACUUUGCCUGAAACUCAAAAAGAUACGAGAUCAAAAAAAUCACCCUCGAACGUUGUAUUAAUUCAAGAAUCAAAUUCUGAAAACUUAAAAUCUCCUCCUUGUGCAAUACCUAUUCAAGAACUUUGUACCGAAAAAAUACAACCUACAAUAAAAUCUCCCUAUAUAGCCCCUAUUCAAGAAACAGUUAUAGAAAAAUUACGGUUUCCUGUUAAACAUAUAUCACCACAAAAAGAUUUUACAAAAACUCAAGAAAUUCCAAAUCAACGACUGUUGCUACCAACUAAACCCAUUAUUGACCAUAUAGUAAAUAAUGAAAUACCUUUAUCUUCUCAUCCUCAAAAAUCUCCUACUUCUAUUGAUUAUCCUACAUAUCCUCAUUCACAAGAAAAAGUAACUGCUCCCCCACCUACUCAUGCUUAUCCUGUACCACCUAGAUUGCCAAUUCAAGGAUUUUUGAAUAAGCAAACAUUACCUAUGCCACCAACACACCCUAAUUUUUCAGGGUAUAGACCUAAGAUACCUAUUCCUCCACCUCCUGCCUAUGUAUCCAUAACUCAGGGUCAAUUGUAUCAUGCUCCCAACAACUUUUCAUAUCCAAAUGAAUAUGGAAAUCCAGUUUUACAUUCCCAACAACGAUCAUUACCACCUCCAACAUUUGAACCAACAUUCAGACCUCCUGUACCACCAAAUGAAACAACAAAAGGUGGUGAUCAUAGCAGCGAGUUUGGUGGUUUGGUAUCAUACUUUUCGAGUCAACAAGAAGAUGAUUUUGAUGCCUAAUAUCACUUUAUUUGUUUUUUAUCAUAUUAUGUAUAUUUAUUGUUAUUUUUAUCAUUGUAAUACUAUUCAUACUCCUCCAACUAUUAAUAAUAACAGUUACAUUAAAUGCAGCUAAUUCUUUUCUAUUUUAAUUUGUAAAGUUGUGUUACUCAAUAUAUUAUUGUUGUUGGCUGUGAUUCGCAGAAAAGGAACACGUGAAUAAAUGUAAUAUGUAACAAAAUUUUGAAAGUUCCAACACAAAUUUUAUUUUGAAUAGAUUUUGCUCGAUUUGUAAAUCGAAUAGUUCAAAUUUAAAUAUUUAACAAUAACUAAUAACUAAUAAUAUAUUUAUCUACUAUAAGUUAUAUUUUGUUGUAAUGAGUUUAUUAUUAAUAGUAAUUGAUUUUGGCUUUGUUUUUUUAUAGUUCUAACUUAUGUUUCUCUUUAGUUCCCAAAAAUUCUUAACUGUAGUGUACUUAGUAAAAUGUACCCAUUGAAUAGUGUAAUGUAAUAUAUGUACAAAUUAUUUAUUUCAAAUAUUACGAACAUAUGAUAAUUUAAUAUUUGACACAGUACUGCUGUAUCUAAUUUUAUUUUAUUUUUUAUACUUAGUUAUAACUAUAUAUUAAAUUUUAGAUUCAAGUUUGAACGAACAAAAAAACUUAUUUUUUAUAAUUUAAUACAGCAUAAAGUAUUUAUUGUAUUAUUGAGUAGAUUAUUUAUUUCAUUUUACUUUUGUUAUUUAUUUUGAUAUGAAUAUAUUCAGACUACAAAAGUCAAUCAAUUGUACUUUUAUUAA